AUGUUUGUGUCUACGUUGGCGUUUUCCGGUGCCAGUCCUGAAAUGAGACGUUUUAAUAAAAUCGUUGACCAGAACGUGGUUGAAAGCCAAGCGGUCCUCCAAGACUACAGGAACUCCAACUUCUCCAAAGGACACCUCUGUCCCAGUUUGCACCAGGGGACGAUGGAAGACAGAAAAUCCACCUUUACUCUGACAAACAUAGUGCCUCAGCAGAUCGGCUCCAACUCUGGCCCAUGGAGCACACUGGAGAAYGAGGUGUUGGAGAGGUACAAGAACUUCUGCACCGGGGAAAUGUACGUAAUCACUGGUGCCAUGCCUUACGAAUCAGAGACGCACUGGAUCAACAACAGAGUGUCUGUUCCUGAGUACAUGUGGUCAGCUUACUGCUGCCCCAAAUUCAAACCGAACCUCCCUACGGGGAUGAAGCAGCUCUUUCCUACAUAUGCUGCAGUGGGAAGAAAUGAUGCCAACAGCGGACAGGAGAUUGUGCCUGUUAAUAAUGCAGUGAAGCCUUCGAUACGAGGCUAUGAUGUGAGGCAGAUGACCUUGGAGACUUUGGAGGGCAUCCUGUCGAAGAGGCUGAAUGUGUUUGUCACCCUGUUUGAUGAGAAAUGUCAAAACCUUAUAUAAAAUCCUUUAUAU